AUGGUACGAUGGACGCUACUGGUAUUUAUGUCUUUAUUUUGUGGCGCUGUUUCAGAAUUACAAUUAGAAAAUGCUGGAUUGCAUGAGAAGGAAGUGUGCAACAUGUGCCAAGAAUUAAAAAAAGGAAAUUCUAUUGCUGUUGGAGACCUGAAAGAACAGUUUGCUAAAGACAACAGAGAUGCUCACAAAGCGUUCAGAGAGAUAGAAAAUAACUUGAAUGAGAUUAACGAAAAGGUUUGGUGGUUGCCGAAAAAUGAUCUUGCACAACUGCACAACGAAUCACAAUCGGUGCGAGACGCAGUACUGAAAAAGGCAUUAGCGUUAAACGAGAUCGAUGAGAAAACCAAUGCUAUAAGAGAAAAAAUUGAAAUCUAUGAAGCUGAAAAAGAAACGAAUCGGGCAAAAGCAAUAGAGCAAUGGAGUAUGUUGCUAAUAGCUCGUAAACGGCUUCACAAUCUCGAGAAACUGUUUUUGGAUGUCCUAAAUUUGGCUGAAGAUUUGGCAGCUGUAGCACAUAUGGAUCGGUUACGUGUGCUUGCAAACAAUGUGGCCAAGAAGCUAAAAGAAGUCAUAGAUUAUUAUGAGAAUAACACCGUUGUUAUGCAGAAUAUUCACUCUGGUUUACAUGAGGUAGCUGUUAAAAAAGUUGAGUUACAAACAAAGAAUGUUGGUCAAAAGAAGAAAUGCUCGUUCUUAUUCUUUUUCUGUGACUGA